AUGGCGACCCUCGCAGACGAGCUCCUCAACGAUUUCGACGAAUCUGGCUCUGAAAAAGAGGACAACGCAGACGGCUUCCAGGACGGAGAAGACACUCAUGGCGAACUUCUGGGCAACAGCCACGAAAUGAGAGGAGAGGUGGAGGAAGAUGAUGAGAGCAUGCCAGAUGAAGAGGAGGAACUAGCCGCCAACGAUGCUGCUGGGACGGAGACAUUGGACGACGAACUUGACACAAAAGCCAAAGUUGAAAAGAUGCGAUUAGGUGGUGUACGGGAUGUGAGGAGUGUGGCGGGCUUGAUGAAGACUCUGCAACCAGUCCUAGAGAGAAUCUCCCAUUACCAGAAUAUCCCGCCGGAUCAGCGAACAACUGCAGUGGGAUCAAUUGAAGACAACCCGGAAUACCAUCUACUGACCCAGUCCAACUCUCUCUCGACACAAAUCGACAGCGAAAUAAUCCUCGUCCACAAAUUCAUUCGGGAUCAUUACUCUGCACGUUUCCCAGAAUUAGAGACGCUGGUGACGAAUCCAAUCGAUUAUGCGAAAACCGUCGCCAUCAUCAGGAAUGGACCUCUGGAGAACAUCAAAGCCCUGGCUGAUUCCUCCGACAACAUCGUCGGACAACCCCUCAGGUCCGUCUUAGACGGUCCAACCUUAAUGGUGGUCACUGUGGAAGCAACAACGACGCGAGGCCAAGAACUUAGCGAAGCAGAGCUCGAGACGACCAUACGUGCGUGCGAGAUGGCGCUCCAGCUGGACAAAGCGAAGAAGGUGCUCACAGAAUAUGUCCAGUCUCGGAUGAACGUAUUUGCGCCUAACCUCACUGCAAUAAUCGGCUCACUUACAGCAGCCCAACUACUCAAUUAUGCCGGUGGCCUGAAGGGUCUCGCCAAGACACCUGAUCGCAACGUUCCCGCGAUGGGUUCACGGAAGCAGAGGCAGAGUGGACUCGCAACCAACGUGGGCAUACGGCAGCAAGGGUUCCUCUAUCAUUCCCCACUUAUCCAAAGUAUUCCCAACGACUUGAGAAUCCAAGCCAUGCGUAUAGUUUCCGGCAAACUUAUCCUCGCCACGCGUGUGGACAGCGUGCACCAAGCACCGGAUGGCUCAACGGGAGAGCAGUUACGCGAAGAUUGUUUGAGGCGACUGGAUAAGUUGACCGAACCUCCGCCGAAUCGUGGCCCACGAGCUCUCCCUGCGCCGGACGAUAAGCCUAGUCGCAAACGUGGCGGGAGGAGAGCUCGCAAAGCCAAGGAGGCAACUGCCAUGACGGAGCUGAGGAAACAGCAGAACAGGAUGGCAUUCGGCAAGGAGGAAAAGGAAGUCGGGUACGGAACCGGCGAGGGUACGGCAGGAUUAGGGAUGAUUGGCCAAACAAAUGACGGCCGCAUUCGAGCCACGCAAAUCGACCGGCGCACCAUGGCAAAAUUGAGCAAGAAGAAUCCGGGUUGGGCCGGCUCGGGCACAGCAACGAGCCUCAACAAUGGUAUGAACACAUCGCUGAAGGGAUUUGGAACCUCGGGAGGGAAUGCCACGACACUGCGAGCUCAAGGACUCCGGACGACUGGCGUCAGUGCUGGAACGGCCAGUUCGAUCGCGUUCACGCCAGUCCAGGGUCUGGAGUUGGUUGAUCCGAAAGUGCAGGCUGAGUUGAAGCGAAAGCGUGAGGCCGAAAGUGCUGGAUAUUUCUCCCGUGGUACAUUUACUCAGGUCAAUGCGGGGAAAUCGGAAGGGGGCUUCAAGGUGCCACAGUUGCCAGCAGCGAAGAAGGUGAAUAUGGGUCCUCCUCCAACACCCGGGAAAUGA